UCAUAAUAUAUAAAUAUUGUUAUUGCCAUUAUUGUGUUUAUCAAUAAUUAUUGUUUUAUAAAGAUGAGCAAUCGAUUUUAUUAUGCUGAUAGUAUAACUUUAUAAUAUAUUUAAUAACCCUUGUGCGUAUUUUAAUAAUUAUUUUACUACUAUUAUAUGGCUAUAAUAUAUUAUAUACAGCUGUAAACUUGAAUAAUACCUACUAUCUUUUUAUAUGUUGAAAAUUACUAAGUAAGCGUAGACAACUAUUCGAACGAGGGUCUCUAUGUGAAUCUUAAUCUCCGUCGACAAAAUAUCACUAUAUUAAUAAAAUGUUAAUAUUGCAUGUUUUUAUUUCGGGCUUGACUUUUUUGACGGCCGAAACUUAUAGUACUAUCAUCACUCAGACAGUGUAUAAAAAAACGACAGAUGCACUCGAAACAAAUUUCGAAAAUCCGGACCAGGACCCGUUGCCAGGAAAUUACAUUUUUGAACUUAUCGUGAGACCAGAUACUUGUGGCGUACGGAUCGGUUUAGAAACGUUUUCGUUUAAUCAACCCACAAAAAAGGAUAAUAACUCGGCAUAUACCUGUGACCUCGGUCUAAAUGUUCUCAAGGUUCGAAUGGAGCCCGAAGUACAGCCGAUUAAACUGUCCGUUUUAUGCGGUGAACUAUCUGGCCAACAUAUGUAUUUGCAGGUGAAGGAUUGCGACGUGCCGAUAUUAGAGUCACCGAUUACGAAAACAAUAAUUCUCACUGUUACCCUCGUGCAGCUCGGAAUAAUCGAAAAACAGUUGUGGAACAUAACGCUGUCGCAAUUGCUGGGCCGAACGAAGGAAGACGCUGCGGAAAACCCCAAGUACAGCCUAGCCCCAGACGGAUGCUUGCAAUAUCAUGUUGAAAAAAAAGGCAUAAUCGAAAGCCUUAAUUUUUUCAACGGUAAAGGUCAUUAUGUGGGUGAUUUAAAUUACGCAAUAUGUUUUAAACGAUAUCCAGACACGUGCGGAAUCAAGUUCAUCGGAAUCAACUUCGAAUUCGCCACGAACGGUAAUUCGUCACAAAGCACGGAUCGAGAUUGUGACACGCUCAGCGGCCUGACAGUUAGCAAACACCCGACAGCGAUCAUCGGCACCACACCUAUCAAUAUGGAUUACGUGGUCAUACCAGACGGUUUGUCGACCGUUGACGCCGGUUUGAGUGUUCACGCUUCCAAGUAUUGCGGCAGAUCGCUAAGGAUUUUGAGUGAAGUCGUAGUUGUAACUCAAUUUCCACUAUUCCUGGGUAUUGUCACCGAUAAAUACAGCGACCUCAAGAAUUUGGAAAUCGGAUUCAAGAUCAAAUAUAAACUACUCACGAAUUGUAAAACAUUACAUCAGUGAUCACAUAUUAAUUAUUAUCGUAUUUAUUUAUAAUCUGAGCAAUGAUAAUCAAAAACUUUAAUCGAUUAUACUAAUUAAAAUAAAUUGUAUGCACAUUUCAUUUUAUGUAUUGUAUUUUAUGUUAAACAACACAAUAUAAUAUUAUCAUUGUCAUAUAAAAUAUAAUAAAUUAUAUAUAAAAUAAUAAAAUAUUACACAUCGCGUAA